AUGGAUGCUCUUGGCCCUCUUGUCGCCGCGGCAGCGAGCCGCGAAGUUCAAAGCGCAGUCCUGGGAGGCGCAACCCGGGAUGUCUGGAUGCUUACGCUGCUUGGGGUAAGGCCAUUGCAGCCACAGGUGGGACUUUCUGGCGGGCUUUUGGGUGGGAGCGUGACCAAACUAGCCUGCUUCCGGUUCAGCGAGAUUCUUCUGAGUAGGCGAUAUGUUGUGGCAUUGACUCGGGCUUUUGCGGGGCCACUGCACCUCGUUCUUGCAGGAGUCCUUGCGCUCCUCGUCCAUGUGACGAAGGCACGCAGCUGCGUCCGUGCAGUUGUCUUUCCUAGGAAGACAGCAUUCGAAGCUACAGUGCCGCAGCUACCGACGCAGCCUGCAAUUGUGCAGCAGGGCGCCUUCGCAGGCAAGCUGCGCUGCUCCCUGCGUCCGGGGCGGCUGCUGGCUGCCUUUGGCGCCUGCUCUGUGGGAGGUCUUUGUGUGCAUGCCACCAAGAAUGCUGUCCAACACGGCCCCUUCUCAGUGAAGCUGAGGCGGCAGCUCAUCCCACUGCACAGUGAGGACGGCGUUGUACAUCACAAGAGCGCCUACUACGGCCAGAUAUCGGUGGGUGCGCCCACUCCCCAGCAGUUCGAGGUGGUCUUUGACACAGGGAGCGGACAUUUGGUCCUACCUUCCAUUAUGUGCCGCGCGGAGACCUGCCUCAGCCAUCGCCGCUACCGGCGCCGGGCCUCCCUGGUCGCCAAAGACAUCGACGUCGACGGCUCGUUGGUGAUGCCAAACCAGGCCCGAGAUCAGAUCACCGUUUCCUAUGGCACGGGUGAGAUCACGGGUAUCUUCGUGCAGGACAAAGUCUGCCUGGGGCCGCCGGCUCCGAAGGAGCCGGUGCCACCAUCACCAGCUGGCAGUGUCAGCGGAGCAUCGUUGCUGCAACUGGACCACGCUCGCGUGGAGAGCGCCAAGGCGCAACUGCAGGAGGACGAGGACGACGACGAUGCAAAGCCCCAGAUGGAGCAUGGCUGCGUCGACCUGCGCUUGGUCUCUGCCACGGACAUGACAGAUGAUCCGUUCUCGAGCUUCCAGUUCGACGGCGUGUUGGGGCUCGGGCUUUCAAGCCUAUCUCAGACCUCCGAGUUCAACUUCCUCGAGGCUGCAAUGCUCAGCCAGGCGUUAGCAUACGUUAGCAUCCCCUGUUCUGACGAGGACGAAGUCACUGCUGCGCAGCUUGAGCGCUUUGCAACCCAAGAGGCAGCGAGGCUUUGUUUGGCUAACAUCAGAAUGCCUCUGCAAGGCAUGGCAAACAAUGCCUUCCUGGCCGGGGCUCCUUUGCCAGCGCCGGAGAGCCCCUUGUCUCAUACAGCAGCCAUAAUUGCCCUUGCAGUUUACCAAGGGAGCCCCUCUACCCUCCGCUGCGCGGCGCCCGAGUUCGUGCCAGGCUGUGCAGGCAUGCCAUCGAACGAGGCUCCUGCUCUGCGCAGGGCGGCGCCCGAGUUCGUGCCAAGCAGUGCAGCAGGCAUGCCAUCGAACGAUGCUCCUGCUCUGCGCAGCGCGGCGCCCGACUUCGUGCCAAGCCGUGCAGCAGGCAUGCCAUCGAACGAUGCUCCCACCCUCCGCUGCGCGGCUCCCGAGUUCGUGCCAAGCAGUGCAGCAGGCAUGCCAUCGAACAAUGCUCCUGCUCUGCGCAGCGCGGCGCCCGACUUCGUGCCAAGCCGUGCAGCAGGCAUGCCAUCGAGCGAUGCUCCCACCCUCCGCUGCGCGGCUCCCGAGUUCGUGCCAAGCAGUGCAGCAGGCAUGCCAUCGAACGAUGCUCCUGCUCUGCGCAGCGCGGCGCCCGACUUCGUGCCAAGCCGUGCAGCAGGCAUGCCAGCAAACGAUGCCGCGGACUCUGAGCAGGAGUCGGAGGAGUUGCUGGAGUUAUCCGUGAAAAGCAUCCGCUGGGCCCACGACUCCAUUGAAGUACGCUUCAAGAAUGGUGGAUUUCUCGUCGACACGCUGAAAGAGCUCUUGUCCGGCUUGCAAGCAUCCGCUCUUCCCAAGUUCUCUGUGUGGCAGAGAGGUCCUACUUGGUUUGCUCUCACGGGCAACAGGCGGCUCUGGGUUUUGAAAGAGUUUUCCAGGAUGACUGGACAGCAUGUCCAGGUUCCAGUGCGUCGUUUGAGCAAAGACGCAGAGGCUUCUGCAUGGUUCCGUCGCAUGUUCACCACCAGGACAGAUGGAGAGUCCGUAUGCUUUGUGGCAUCGAAGCAUCAUUAUCCCAGCAUGAGCUUGGCGCUGGCAUCCUUGAAUCCAUCCACGGCCCCGAAUGCGGAAGAUUUGGAAAUUGGGCACCUUUUGCAGAGCUCACCUGAUGGUGUGCCAAUGACGUUGCUCGAGGCAAGUUUUCAGACAUUUUCUGCCGCGAGCCGCGUGCGAGCGAGACCUGACCUGUUUUCCAUCACACCUUCCGCGUCAGUGGUCUUUGCCAGCGCGGUGUCAGCGGUUGUGGUUGAAGCGAAGCAUGCCUCGUCUCAGGGGAGUGAUGUUGUGACCAGCUCGACGAACCACCUACCAAAGUUUGUUUCUGGGGCUUGGGCUGGUCAGGAUGCUCGGGAUGCUCAGGAGCCCGCGAGCCAAGACGCGCUUGUCCAAGGCAACUUUGUGUCUUUAAGGAAGCACACAGCGGGCGGCGCAGUUUUCUCGUUUCAGAAUGCCGAAGUCCGGCAGAACCUCCUGGCCAACACAUCUCGGUUGGUGGUUGGCCAAGUCAAUGUCGAUCUUUCUGCUUAUGUGGACUCAGCAACAGCAUGCGAGGUGCCGACAGACCUACUUGCAGCAUGGGGCAAGGGGGAACAAUCCUCGCUGCUCUCGAUCUGUGAGCUUGUGCGGUAUUUCGAUGCGAAACAUGAGGAGAUGAGCCAGAAGAGAGGGAGCCCUGCACUUGAAGUUGCCGAGAAAACAGAUGAAGUGUCGUGCGGCAUGCAGGACUCGUCUUCUCAGGAAUUCGGUGAAGGUGCUGUGGCUUUCGCGUCUGGUGCGCAGAGAUGUCUUUUCAGCUUGGGCGGCCUUCUCACCAGGCUUCCAGCCAGGGUGCUGGAAGGACUAGGCUCAUCGUCGUCGGGCUCAUUGGGGUCGUCGUUUGCCAACAUCUUGCACGAAGCCCGAGCGCAACAGUUGAUACUGCAAGCUGGUCGGAGCAUUCAGAUUGUAUCCCCUGAUGUCCCUCGCGAGCUACCUCAAACUCAGCUCACCCAGGAAGACCUCAUCGAGAUUGCCGAGGAACUGGGCCUCGUCUGGGGACAAGGUACUUAUUCAACAAUGCAUCCGGUGGUUGGUGGCAUACACCGUGUCAGCAUUGGCUACAGCACGCAGCACAUCAAUUCGAUCUCCUAUCAUUUGGGACGGCUGCUGCCGGGCACUAGCGAUCCGAUCCGGAAGUUUGUCGAUUCAGGCAGUUGCAUCUUCUUGGGGCCGAGUCGAAGUGGGAAGACUACAUUAAUCCGAGAUGUUGCCGCCUCCUUGUCGACAAGCAGCCAGGUCAUGGUGGUGGACUUCUGCGACGAGCUCCAUCAGGGAGGACUGGGUCUUGCCCGACACGUCGUCGGCAGAUCUGCAGCGGAUACUGUGCAGGCAAUUCAACGGAUCGUUCAUGACCACAGCCCGGAUGUUAUUGUGGCAGAGUUCACACAGCCUGCAGAUGCCAUUGGAGCAGCGCGAGUUUGCCAAGGUGCCGGCCAGCGGCUGAUUUGUUCAGCACCCUGCAAUCUGAACAUGAUGAUAGAGUCAUUCUUCAUGUGUGGAUUUGGCACCUAUGUGCACCCAUGCAUCUCCUUCCCCUUUCUCUCAGCCAUCGUGCUGCGUCAGGAGCUCGACUUCUGGCAAAUCUAUGCCAGUGUUCAGGCAAACGUUUGCUGCGUCCGGUGGCGGGUCUUGGAGCUCCUUGGUGCCCGACGCGGUGAGCGCAUGUUCGGCGUCUUCCUCGCCAAGUCCGCACAGGAAGACAGCGAGAUUACUUUCGGAGGCUGGGAGAGUGACCACAUUUUGACUGGUCACAAACUGGCCUUCUGUGACGUGCAGGACAGCCAGGAGGGCUACUGGCAGCUGCAAGUCUACGGCAUCAAGGCUGAUGGGCAGAAGCUCGACUUUUGCGACGACGGCUGCAGAGCUGUCGUGGACACUGGUUCCUCUCUCGUCGGCGUGCCGUCCGCACUGGGCGACCAGCUCGUGGACAUGCUCCGAUUUCCGGCAUCUCCUGAAGGCAGCUGCCGCGGCCCUGGCCCAAGGCUGGAGAUCGACCUUGGCAACUUCACAGUAAUCCUGGAUCCUUCGGACAUUGCCCGCCUGGAGUUUAUUGACGAGGAUUCAGCGGAGACCAGCGAGACGCGGGACGAUUCGCAAGUCCCUCCAAAAGCGUCAGAGGUGCAGAGCAACGCUAGCAGCAACAACAUGCUGCUGUCCUCAGGUGCUGCGCUCGCUUCGGCAGAGCCCGAAGCCACCGAAGCCCCAAGCUGCGUACCCAUGUUGAUGCACAUCGACCUGCCAGAGCCGCUCCACCCGAAGACGCUGAUCCUCGGGGAGCCGGUGCUGCAGAGGUACUACACAGUGUUCGAUGCCCGUGCUCCGCGGGUCGGAUUCGCUGCUGCGUACCAUGCGCAGGGCGGCGAGGCAGCAGAGAUGUGA